CGUUGUUUGGAGGUCGUUUAUUGACGAGGGGAGAAGGUGACUCCUCGACAAGCCGAAUAACAAUCCACGCAAAUUUAACGAAAAAACCCCAAAGAAGACGGUUGUUUUCGGAAUAAGCAGCCAUGUCUUCUUUGGGAAGAGCGCUGGGAGUCCUCCGGACCGGGACUCGGCUCCUGAGACGCGGAACACAACAAAUAACGACCCGAAAGGCCAGCGGUGGACCUCACAUCGAGCCUCAGUACAGACAGUAUCCGCAGUUAACGAGCAAACAGAAAAUUGAGUCUGAAAUCCUGAGCGGUGCCAUGUGGUUCUGGAUCCUGUGGCACUGCUGGCACGAUCCCGAUGCCGUACUGGGUCACUUCCCCUGGCCUGAUGCCUCUCAAUGGACAGACGAGGAGCUGGGAGUCCCAGCAGAUGACGAGGAAUAAGACGGCCAUGAGGGAUUUGAGCUGCUGGACAAGUCUUUGUGAAAAUCUUCAGGAUAUUGUCAAAGUCAUUGUUGUACAUAAAUAAAAUUAUCUUUAAAUCUGUUAAA